AUGCUACCUCAUAAACGAGCAGAUUCCCCAUUCAAGUCUAACUCGGUGUCAAGAGUUGCUUCUUCGGCUAGAUUAAAUCAAUUGAAUCAAGAUUUUAAAAAUUUAGAUUCAUCAAUUCCAUCAACACCAUCAGCAUAUGUUACUUCGUCAUUAAAUCCAACUAGAAAUAUACCGACAACUCAAGAUAAUAUAAACAGUAAGAUACGAACGGAAGAUGAACUUCAAGAUUUUAACAAUUUACCGAUUAUUCAAAUACUAGAUGAAUUUAAAGAUCUACUUGGAAAUAUAAAUGAAGAUAUAUCACAUUAUAAAGACGUUGACUUUUUCACGAACGUCGAGAAAAUUAUAAAAGUCAAUGAAAAUCUAGAGAAUGAGAUACAUGAAUUGAGUAAACAUAAAGAAAGAGGUGAAAAAUUAUCAAAAUUAACGAAAGUAAAUGAAAAUCUAGAUAAUCAACUUAAAACAAACUUAAAAAAAUUAUUAGAAUAUAGAUCGCAAUUGAAAAAAUUACCAAAAUUACCAAAAGAACCACAAGGCAAAGAGAACGAAUAUAGAAUACAAAAUAAAAACAUUGAUGUAAAUAAAUUACUAAAUUAUUCAAUGAAAUUAGCGAAAUUUACAAAAGCACCAGCAGCAGUAGGAAAUAUGGCAUUUCAGAUACAUCCUAAUAAUUAUAUAUGGCCAGCUGAAGAUUCUUUGAGAAGAGGUAUGCUUGCUAUGAGCUCUUUACAAGGUGAUGAAAUUAUAAAUUUUGAAUUAAAUGAUGGUAAAGUAAAAGAAGAAGAUGAAGAUGAAGAUGUAAAAACUGAAGAAACAAAACCCGAAGCUCCGAGAAAGAGACAUUCACAUAGUUAUGGUGAUGACAAUAGACCUAAAUCUGAAGAACAACAGCCUUCAAUGGAUUUGAACUUAGAUUUAUUCGAUCCAGAUGAUGAAUACUCGGACUAA